ACAACUGGAGCCUUUUUAGCUGACUUCAAUUAAGGGUUUGGAGGAUAUGCCUCAUAGUUACGGCCCUUCACUCAGGAGCUUGGGUAAAACGCCAUCACUCUCUGCCCUCACACACGACUCUAAUCCUAAAAGCUUUGAAGAUGGGAUUUUCUUGCCCAGCAGUUGGCACAGCAGAACAUGGCUCCUGGACGACUUUCAAGAAACCUACAGUGAAAGCUCCACUCACCAACCAGACACUUAUGAACAGCACCAGUGCAAAGUGGACCCUUGUGUACAAAGUUCCUGGAUCUCCAGAGCUGACCAAACAACUUGGUCCAAUUCCAAAACCUGUGAACGAACAACAUGCCAGUCAGGAAUCUCUCCAGCUCUGACAGCGUGUGCUUCUCAACCCUGCCAGUCAAGAAGUUGUCGGCAAGUGGGAUUUGCAGUCCAGAGCUAUCAACCUGCAAGUUACAUGUCCAAGUGUUUCCCGCUAAAGUCUACAGUGUCUGAGAGUUGCCAAACUGUGGAGUUUGAAACCAGCCAAUGCUGUUCUCAGGUUCCUGACUCCAGUUCCUGUAACUCCUCGAGGAAUGUUGUCUCUGGGACACAACUCGUGGAAUCUUCUAGCACUUAUGAGCCAGAGUGCUGUGUGACAGGUGGUUCACAACUGUCUAGUAAGUGAAGACUUGAGAGACGAUAUGGUUGACUUGAAUUGAUUUCUGUAUACUUGGGAACUCCAUUUCUCUAAAUAUAAAAUAAUGUGCUUGUGUUUGAGAACAAACUUUAAUUCUUUUGGGUAUUUCUGGUGGUAAUCUGGGAUCAUAAAGCAUGCUAACCAUUUAAGUAAAUAAAAUACUAUUUAUUGUUCAACAGGGAAUAACCACUGGUCCUUAAAAAGACAACUUUCAUGCUAGGUAUUGUCUAUUUAGCAGAAGAUAUGGCUUAUUAACUAAUGUGAUUAUAUCAGAAAUCUAUGAAAUACUGGAAUUCAUAAUGGAUGCUCAAAUUGCUAUACAAUUUCUGUUAGGUCCAACUAAACCAGAAAUCAAUAGGUAUUCAAUAACAUCAGAAAUACUACUAAAACUGGGUCUACUUGCUAACCGAAUCAAAACACUUGUAAAUAAGAAAUGGAGUCUUGUAUCUGAAAAGUACAAGAAGUUUAGAUUUCACCUCCAUGAACUUCAUAACCAUGCAGUAUCUGGUGGUCUUUUAACAGAUAAUUCACAAUUAGAAUCCUCAUUCUAU